AUGGCACCUAAAUUCAAGGACGGGGAUACCGUGAUCGCUUUCUCAGCUAAAUGGGUGUCAUGGACUCAUACUGCAGUCGCAUAUGCUGCCUUUAUAAGCGCACUCAUUGUCGGAGUGUCCCUUCAUUAUCAUAAAAUCGUUCAAAAUGAAUACUAUGGUUAUCCAGAUGAAUGGUUCCCCUCGGUUUCCGCGACAAUUGGGGAUCGAUAUCCGGAACGUUCAUUUUUUAUGGUCUUCAUAGCUAUCACUUCUGGCCCUAGAUUUGCACUCGUUGGACUAUGGUACCUCUUAACUGCGCGACCGAAUGCGAAGUUGCCUAAAUUCGUUGCUUUUACCGGUGUUUUCCGUACUCUUACAUGUGGUGGCUGGACUUAUAUUACCUCCACGGACGAUCACGAUUGGCAUGAUAUUUUUAUGAUUUCAUAUCUGGUGGCUACUCUGCCAUGGACUUUAGGAUGUUUAGCUUUGAGCCCGGAUAAUGCGCGAGCCGUCAAAUAUCGAAAAUACCUUGCAGGAUGUUUCUUUGGAACUUUGGUGCCAUUGGUUUAUUUUUUUAUACAACAUAAAGUCCACAGGGUUGCCGGAGCAUACACAACAUACGCUUUCUUUGAAUGGGCUUUGAUUUUGUUUGAUGUGGCUUUCGAUGCUGUUACAGCUCUCGAUUUUGAAACUUUCGAAUUGGUUGUGAAGGAUGUUAAGGGCCAGUCUAAGGGAAAAGAAAAGCAAGUCGAUCAGCUAUUCGCUCAAUCUUUUUCAUGGUCUGAAGCUUUUGAUGCAGCAGCUGAUGUCUAUCAUGGCUUCGUAUUCUGGUCAAUGUUGACUUCUUUGGGCAUAGUCGUCUGGUGUUAUGAAGCUAUGGUUAUGUGCACUGUUUCUCCGUUACUCUUGGGAAUUAGAUCCAUCCGAGCAUUAGUUGUAAAAAACCUUCGGAUAUGUCAUCUCAUAUCCUUGAUUGGAUUAUUCGCAUAUCAGAUCACGAGCCCAGCACCUAGACUUUUCAUUGUUGGGGUCGGCCUCUGGAUGUCAUGUUUAUCCUGGGCAGCUACUUGGUACGCAUCAGCAGGACAGCCAGGUCGCCUUGAAUCAAAGAUCUCAGCUUGGGCUAUUGGUCUCGUCGCAUCAAGUGUUGUUAAGUUUGCAUUCCAUACCAAUAAUCCUAUAUGGCCUACUUCACAUGCUGAAAAUGGUGGCUUAAACGGUUAUGGUCUUAUAAUCGCCAUUCUAGCUGUUUUGCGAUCAACACGGCAAAGUCCGGCUACUGGAGAUCAACUUUCAGUUCAAGGUCGUAAGGAGGGACCAUCACUACUUGCUGGUCUUGGUAUUGGAGGUCUUUUCUUUGCUCUGCAUUCCUUGCUAUCCGAUUCUAGCACGAUGAUCCUUUGGGUCUGGGAAGGAUACCCUAUUCGUGGUCCAAUCUCAGCACCCCAUGGUGCCUGGACAAUUGCCGCAAUGGGAGUUGGUCUCAUUCUAGGAUUAUCCAAUGAAUCUCUGGCUCGUAGCUGGACAUCAUACGGCAUUGGUUGUGUAGGUGCUGCCAUGCUUACCCUAUAUAGUCAUUGGAAAGGCUAUUAUGGUGCUCUGAUUUUGACGGUUUAUCUCAUGGCUGUAUCUGUUCCACUGUUGGGAUCAGCUGCAAGAAAGAGCCCAGCUAAAACGUUUGGAAUUGGUUUCCUCGUAUACAAUAUCAUGGUAUUGUUCCAUGUUUGGGUCGUGGCUUAUGCUUUUGUUCCAGGUGGUCCUCUUGUUAGAGAACAUACAGACUGGGUCAUGACUGUCACGAUGCUACUCAUUGGCUGUGGCGUUUUCGCCACUUUCUCGUCUACUCCCGCAUCACAACGGAAAAGACUCAAUGCUUUGUUAAAUCAACGAAAGCAACGUUUAUACUACCUCUAUGUUAUCGCAGCCCUUCAACUCACAUCUAUUUCGACAGCAUACAUGCGAUUUCCCACGUAUGAUUAUGUUCCUUACCAUAAGGAUGAAAAAAUACUCACCGCAGGUAUUUGGACAAUUCAUUUCAGUCUAGACAAUGAUAUGUGGUCAUCCGAAUAUCGUAUGCGAGAUUUAAUCAAAGAAUUGGAAAUCGACGUUAUUGGACUUCUCGAAUCAGAUCUCCAACGUAUUAUCAUGGGUAACCGUGAUACAACUCAAUUUCUCGCAGAGGAUCUCGGCAUGUACGUUGAUUACGGGCCAGGUCCCAAUAAACAUACUUGGGGUUGUGCACUUCUCUCAAAGUUCCCAAUCCUCAAUUCCACCCAUCAUCUACUUCCCUCACCAGUAGGAGAAUUAGCUCCGGCGAUCGCAGCUACCCUAGACGUAUACGGAAGUCCAGUUGACGUCUUCGUUUUCCACUCAGGCCAAGAAGAAGAUCCGGAAGAUCGAAGACUCCAAUCCGAAUAUUUAGCCGAUCUAAUGGGGGCCUCCACAAACCCUUCGAUCCUCCUCUCUUACCUCGUCACCAAACCCCUCGAAGGAAAUUAUAAUACCUAUGUAUCCGAAAGAUCCGGUAUGCAUGAUAUUGAUCCAAGUGAUUGGGAUAGAUGGUGUGAAUAUAUCCUUUAUAAAGGACUUAGAAGAUCUGCAUAUGCCAGAGUUUCUAGAAGUACAAUCACGGAUACGGAAUUACAAGUUGGUAAAUUCAUAGUUGGGGAGCCAGAGGGAGAAAGUGAGGAAGUGAGGGAUAGGAGGAUUGAUGAGAAGGAGGUGGUGGUGGGGAAAAGAUUUCCCGAGUUGUUUAAGGGGGAUGGAGUUAGGGGCCAUAGGUACCAUGUAUUUGAUGAGCCGAGAUAUUACGGAUAG